AUGAAUCCAAGCACACCAUCAAAUAGAAAGCCAUCUCGACUACCUCUUUCAUCGCCGAAUAAUAAUCGUCUUACAAAUAACAUUCGUGGUCCAUCAUGGUGGUUAUCAUUAAUAUUUUUACUUAUAUCUACUGUUAUUGGUUUUCAAAGUGGUCUUGUUUUUCUUUGUAAUGUUAAACGUUGUAUAACUGAUGAUUUAUCUUCUCAACAUGAAUCAAAUAAUUUAGUAAAUAAUAAUCGAACAAAUUCCCUACUUGUUGCAUCUAUUAAUUUACCACGUGUAUCAAAGAAAAAACAAUUAAUUCUUAUUGCUGUUAUGACAAGUAAAGAUUUUUUAACAACACGUGCACCAACUGUUAUGCGUACAUGGGCAGAAAAAGUACCUGGUCAAGUUAUAUUUUUUUCAAGUGAAGGUUCAACAACAAAUGAUACACGUAUUAAUCUUGUUAGUUUACCAUCCGUUACAGAUACAUAUCCACCACAGAAAAAAUCUUUUCUUAUGAUGAAAUAUAUUUAUGAUCAUUAUUUAAAUAAAUUUGAAUGGUUUAUGCGUGUCGAUGAUGAUGUUUAUAUACGAACAGAUAAUUUAGAAAAAUUACUUCGUUCAAUAGAUAAUCGUAAACCAUAUUAUAUUGGUCAACCAGGUGUGGGAACAAAAGAAGAAUUUGGAAAAUUAGCUUUAGCUGAAAAUGAAAACUUUUGUAUGGGUGGACCUGGUAUAAUAUUUUCACGUGAAACUUUAGCACGUUUUACUCCACACAUUAAAAAAUGUUUAAAAAAUUUUUAUACUUAUCAUGAAGAUGUUGAACUUGGUCGAUGUGUACAUAAAUAUGCAAAUACUUCAUGUACAUGGUCAUAUGAAAUGCAACACAUUUUAUAUAAUCAUCCAAAUAAAACUGAUGGUUAUCGAGCAUCAAAUCUUGUAUCUACAGAUAUUUUACGUGCUGUUAGUCUUCAUUCAAUAAAAGACAUUCGUGUAUUUACGCGUGUACAUAAUUUUGCUUUACAACGAAAAAUUAUGGAGAUGGAACAACAAAAAAUGUUAUUACGUCGUCAAAUCGAUGUUUAUGAUCAAAUACUUAAUAUACAAAAUCAAAUAAAACUUCAAGCAAAAAAUAUUUCAAAAUUAAUACAAAAAACAAAAAAUGAACAAAUUAAAAUUAAAUUAAAACAACAAUAUAAAAUAUUGAAUAUGCCUGAUCAAAAUAUUGGUGAACAAAUUAUAUCAUUACAUAAUAAUACAUUUCGAUUAUUUAUGAAUCAUAAUAAUGAACAACAAGCUCAUCAUUUAUUGACUGCGUUACGAAAAUAUUUUAAUCAAUCUCUUAGUUCAUCAUUACCUUCUCUUUCAUCAUCAUCCUUAUCAAAUGAUUUAAGUUUUCUUUUUCCAUUCAAUUCUGACUUAUCAAUGUUAAAGAACAAUAAUAAUCACGACUAUUUAACACGUACAAAAACAUUAAAUAAUUAUCAUAAUAAAUUUACACGUCAAAAAAAUAAUAGUUUCUAUGAAAAAAACGAACCUGGUAUCUAUGCAUUCUUUACUGGUAGUCAAUACACAGCAAAUACAGAAUUACCUGUUCGGUCUAUUGAACCAGCAUAUAGACAUUGCUUUGAUGAAGUCGUUCGAACAUAUAUGGAAGACGUAAAUAAAAUUUCAAGAAAUAUGGGUCGAUUUUUAGAAUACAAAAAAACAUUAUAUGGUUAUUAUAAAUAUCAACCAGGUCAUGGAAUGAAUUUUAUUUUAGAUUUAUUUCUUAUCUACCGGAAAUUUUCUGGUAAAAAAAUGUCGGUACCCGUACGAAAACGUGUAUAUGUCGUGCAAAAAUUUCGUCCUCUUUACUUUCGUGAAUUAUCAUCAGCAUAUUCAAGUGCAAUAUUAUCUUCUUCCGGAGCUGGUUCUCCUCAUCAUACUAAUUUAACUACACCGGUGUUUAAUAAUAUAAAUAAUACGAUUAUAACUUCAUCUUCUACUCCUAUACAUAUGAUUGUACCUGUUAGUGGACGUCUUCCUACGCUUAAAAGAUUGUUAAAUAAUUUCAAUCAUGUUGUUAUUCGUACUAAUGAUACGGAUCUUCUUAAUAUACAUCUUUAUGUUAUUCUAAUGGAAACAACUGAAGAUAGUGGUGAGCGUAUGUCAACAAUAAUUGAUUAUAUUAAAAAAUUUAUUCAUGAUAAUCACGCAUCACGUAUACAUUUAAUUCAAGUUAAAGAUGGAAAUUUUACACGAGGCUAUGCACGUUCAUAUGGCGCAUCUCGUUUUAAUGAUACAGAUCUUUUAUUUUUUAUUGAUCUUGAUAUGGUUUUUACUCGAGAUUUAUUUCCACGUAUACGUCAUCAUACUAUUUUUAAUAAACAAGCCUAUUUUCCAAUUAUAUUUAGUCAAUAUGAUCCACAUUAUUGGGAAAUGCCACAAUAUGAAUCAAAUUUUUCAUCAUUUAAGUUACGUGAUGAUAUUGGUUAUUGGCGUCAAUAUGGUUUUGGUAUGCUUGGUAUUUAUAAAGCAGAUCUACGAUCUAGUGGUAAUUGGAAUGUUGAAAUAAGUGGAUGGGGUAAAGAAGAUGUUGAAAUUUAUGAUAAAUUAGUUCAAUCACCAACUUUAAAUGUUUUUCGAACAAUUGAUACCAGUUUAAUGCAUGUAUUUCAUACAAAAGAAUGUUCACCAACAUUACGUAAUGAUCAAAUGAAUAUGUGUAAAGGAACUAAAUCAAUAACAUUGGGAUCACAACGGACAUUAGUGAAACAUGUUCUAAAAUUGAUUGAGCCCAAUAAAAUCUGA